UGCACUGGUUAGUGUCCUCCCAGGUUGUUGAAGCAGCUCAAGGACUACAAUGUCAUGAAGAAUUACCCGUUAGUGGGAUUGAUUGUCCUUGGCAGUGUUGGGGUCAAAUCAGCUCAUACUGAAAUACAGACAAAAUAAGAUCCAGAAUUGACAGGACAGGAAAAAAACUGAACUGUGGCCAACAUUGAUCCCCGGGGCAUCAACCCCUGUCCUCAUCCCAAUCUCCCUCACCUGUAUGGCCCCAUUCCUUCCACACCCUGCCCCGUGUGGAGACUGAGCCAAUCACACCUAAUUAACUGCAGCUGGAAAUAACUGAAGAGGCCAGAGAUGCGCACAAAUACAAUAGUGAAUGUAGUCGGGCAAUUUAAUAGGGUCGGAAUACAAACCUGUGGAGGAAUUUGUUUUGAUGGAGAAUUUCAUCUCUCUGAGCACAAUAAGGCCAAGUCAGAUUCUACAGGGUAGUUGCUUUGACACUGGGAGUGAAUGUGUCUGGAAGCCCAGAAAAAAUCUGCUUCCAGUAUGUCAGACUAUUGAUUAUUUAGUGCACUUUUUUUUGACCAGGACCAAUAAACCGAAGGUUGUGUGUGUUCUCUUGAUUUUAGUUCCGAUGUUGAGUUUGACACAGGCGGGUGUGAUUAGGCUGAGGCAUGAUAGACCAAGUGGCCAGGUGAAUUGGCCAGGUAGAACUGGAGGCAAGGGAAGGACUGGCUUCAUGUCACGCCAAGGAAGACCCCACCUCCCUGAAGAAAGGCUUCUUGAAGAAUAUCCCUUGUUCCACGGUGGAGCGAUUGAUCGUGUCGAUAUGGGCCAUUUAAACCAAGGUUUUGAGGGAUUCGGCUCCUUUUCUCAGCCAAUUCUGCUGAAGAGGGAACACAUGGAUCGUGACCAGAGGAGCUUUGGUCAGUUCAACUCCAGCCAGUUCCAGUCGGGUCACUUCAACUCUGACACAGGUGGCUGCAGUGGAAUCCAGGGGAGGAGCUGCAGUCGUCGCGGCCAAUGUGCAGGAUGCCUGGGCCUCUUCACCUGUCACGUGGAACUCGGAAAGUGCCAGAUGAAAGGGCUUUCACAAAGGACAGGAACGACCGGGUGCUUGAGAGCAAGUUCUUCCAGACUCUGAAUGAGGCCCAAAGCAGAUGAUUAAACCACCACCGCCAAUGAAGUUCCUGCUAUUGUGUGCCCCAUUGGUUAUGUAGUAUAGUGAAAAGAAUAUGCAUAGGAAGUUGUAUGUAGCGAGGUGGUCAAAUCUAUGUACUUCAAAUUAUAUUAAGUGCUUUUCAAUUAAAUUGAAUGUGGUUCACUUUUAGAAUAGAACCGCAAAGUACCCCAAUGCUGGUAUGUAAAUUUAAUUCCUUACCCAGUUCUAUAUAAUAUAUCACAUAAGUUGAAAAAUUAAAUCCAUUGCUGAUAAGUUUCAAUAGCAGAUUACUUUCACAACACCCAGGCACGUGUUACACAUUAAAAAACAGGCACCAAUUGUAAUAUUGCAUACUCAUGUCAUAACAUUUUUGGCAGAGCGCACCAGUACAUGUUCCCACCUAAAUGUUUUUGCAGCAAUGCAGAACAUGUGUGGAUCCAUUACAGUCACUUAAUGUGUAACAGAGUGUUAAUAAGUUGUUGGUAUGAUCCAAAACAUGUUUAAUCUAGCUACAAUAUAUCCAAACAGGAUGAUUCCACUUAUUUGCAUGUGAGGCUUAAACCAGUCCCUACCAUACACUCCAAUGUAUUUGUCCACUUUUCGAUGUUUCUAUAUUUCUGUCUAUGUCUGUGAAUGGUAUUAGCUCUUCAACCAAACAAUAAUAUUAAAUAAAGGGAACAUAAGCGAGGAAAUAAGAAAAUAUUUAUAUAUUGAUUCUAUUUACGUAAUUAACAAAGCAAUAACCAAUAAUCCCCUGUGAAAAAACGAUGCGACACCUUAAGCUGCCUAAACUAACACGUUCUUUAUUUGUCGUGUUUCACAUCACCAUGUUAGACUUUUUGCCAACUCUUCCUUGCAGAACACUGCUUGUUUCAUGUCUUGUCUCAACUGGGUUUAGCACAGGAAAUAGAUACGGUAAUUCCAGCUCUUUCAACUGGUUGACCAUUGUCUUGCUGCAUGAUCAUGAUACACUCCAACUCAUAGACUGUUGAGCUGACACUGUCUUUUAGAAAUAUCUGAUACAUAGCAGAAUUCAUGGUUCCUUCAGAGAUGGCAAAACAUCCCGUUAUCCCCUAUGCUAGCCUGGAUAAAGGUUGGAGAAUGUGGUAUUAGACUUGCUUGUCCAAAGUUCUGUUUAAUUUUGACGCAUCUUUCAAUUCUCUGUAUACACUCAGAGUCCUGAGCAGACAUUUUGAACAGUCUGGGUCCUAUUGUGUCAGGUCAAAACCAAACACUGCAUUCCACAGUAGUGACCCCUUAUGAAAGGUCAAGCAUGGAGAAGCAUGUUUUGGGGAUGAUUUCCCGUUUUGGGAUCAAUCUAUUAGUUCAAACUGUUUAAAAACAGUCAUCAAAAAUGUAGUUAGCAGUUUUUAAGAAUUUAGCUUGAAUUUUUAUUGCAAUUAUUUUUGAGGAAUCCAGUUUGAUAAGUUACAUUAUUUUAUGUCCCUCAGUGCCCCAGCCUGAUGGCUUGUGUUGUUCUUUAUUACUUUUGUGAUUUUAUAUUCAAUCUCCCUCAGAAUCAAUUCCAAUUUCUUGGAUACAUCCUUCUGGCCUCAGUGUGUCAUGUCCUGGCAGGGCAGGCCAGCUGUGCCAGUCAAAUCCAACUCAGUAAUGACCAACAACAAACACUAGGCAGGGAGGAUUUAAAUAGGGACAGUGGUCAGGAUCAGGAACAGUGAUGAGGACAAUAACAUAUACUGUGUCAGUGCCUCAUAAGUGUCUUUUAUUUUAGUUCCCUAUUGUUUGUUGUAGGUCCUUAUUUGGUUCUCGUGCCACUGCAACAUUGUUUUUGUGUGUAGUUUUGUUACCUUUUAGUGCAGGGACUACCUGAGUCUGCUUUUCAUCAAACUACUAAUUAGAAUCAGGUGUGCUGAAUAAGAGUUGGAGAGAAC